AUGCCGGCUUGCGCUUUCCCACUUUGGACACUGCGGAGAACUACGAUUACAACCGAGAUCGUGGCUUCGAUCGAAUCGUUGAGCGUGCCUUCCCCAUCAAGGUGCCAGGAUAUCGGAGGUUGGACCCCUACUUCCGCGAGUACAUCUGGUUUCUCAACAAUUUGGAUCCCGCGCGAUUCACAAUUUCUCGGAUUGCGAAGCGGUAUCGUUUGA